AUGACUUUCAGGAUACCGCAUGAUAGAACCACAUUCCUAUCUCCAAUCUUGGAUCUCAUCGCGGGCACAGAACGGACCUUUGUCUACGCACCAAGCGGUUGUAACGACUCCAAGUAUGAAGGCCGGGAGAUGGCCGAUUUGCUAGUCAAGCAAUAUCCGCCACUGUUCCACGCAGCCACGGACAUCCCGUCAUUUGUGAAAGCAUUGACAAUAAUGAGCGGAUUGCGACUAUCUCUGAAAAUUUCCUACAAGGAUCAGCAGCCCAGCCAUCGCUAUCGCCGAAGUGUAGUGGACUAUGCACUAAACCACUUGAAAUUCCCCCAUGCCUAUCUCGGCAGUUUCACAUCCCUGCAACAAUUAUUCUUUCACUGGGAUGGUGAUAGGGGCCUGUCGCCCCUGUCGCUCGCGACAGAGUCAAGUUUCAGCGAUGCAGUCAAAGCAAAGCGAGGCCCGGUUUGCCCUCGACACCCUGAGAAGCUGUUGCGACAACCGCAAUUCGCGUCUCUCAUCCAAGAACACAGACUUUCCUUACGGGAGUUCAAUUACAAGAACGUAGUUUUGCACAGCGGUGCCUGGGACGAUGCGCUCGCGCCAUUAAACCGACUCCGCGGCAGCGAGGGUUGGAAGCAGAGACAAGACGAGAACGUCGUCGAUGUGCCGAUAGUGUUGAGCCCAGUUGGGAUCAGUCAAAAGCAGUUGCAGAGGGUAACCAGUGCUCUACAGCAACAAAAAGGUACCGGGACCCUGAGGAGCCUGGCCCGAGCGAGAUCCGAGACCCGCGAACUGCUGUCGGGGAGGCCCGAUCAUAUGAAACGUCUGCUGCGUUCAUCAGUGUUCUGGCGAUGA